CGUUUUGUUUUAGGGGUGUUAGUUUGGUGCAAUGCCUGAACCAGCUAAAUCAGCUCCGGCCCCCAAAAAGGGGUCCAAGAAGGCGGUGACCAAGGCGCAGAAGAAGGACGGCAAGAAGCGCAAGCGCAGCCGCAAGGAGAGCUACUCGGUGUACGUGUACAAGGUGCUGAAGCAGGUGCACCCCGACACGGGCAUCUCGUCCAAGGCCAUGGGCAUCAUGAACUCGUUCGUCAACGACAUCUUCGAGCGCAUCGCGGGCGAGGCGUCCCGCCUGGCGCAUUACAACAAGCGCUCGACCAUCACGUCGCGGGAGAUCCAGACGGCCGUGCGCCUGCUGCUGCCCGGGGAGCUGGCCAAGCACGCCGUGUCCGAGGGCACCAAGGCCGUCACCAAGUACACCAGCUCCAAGUGAACAUUUGCAACAGCACCAGUGACAUCAGGCUCUUUUAAGAGCCACCCACAUUGUCACUUAAAGAGCGCUUGCUUUGAGCUUGCGAGAGGCUACAGCGGCAUCUCCUGGAACAAUGUACUCUGUGACUUGCAUUUCUAAACCACAGCGGGUCUCUGCCAGUCUCUCAAACCCGACGUCCUUCAAAUUCCAAUAAGUUCUUCACCGCACAUUUUUAACGUAGUUAAAUACUGACUCUUCGCAAGGUCAGGGAACUCAUCCACUAGUUUUCUACCGGGCUUAAUAUACAAGGGUUUAAGAGACACUGCCUACAACUGGAUAACCUGAAGGGGGAGGAAGCAAAUGAAAGUCUCCCGUCUGUGAUUCCUGUCGGGGGGGGGGGGGGGGGGGGGAGUGAAGAUUGGGAUCUGCCUCAAUCCAUCAGCCUCCACUCUUCAGCCCUAAGGAGUCCCUAACCCUAAACCUCUCCGUGUCCUGAAUGAUCUUGUCCUCAGUCACAUCUUCAUUCCCUAGGAUUUUAUUUUAAAGGAGAAGAUUUAAAAGGAAUUAACGUUCGUGUGCUUGUCCUUCGCCUGAUUUCAGCCUACAAUCACAAUCAUACAAAAUGGAAUCUCCCAUUUUACAAGUGAAUGACCUGAGGAAUUAAGGUUAAAUAGCCCCUGAAAUAAAUAAAAGUGGGAUCUGAAUCCCUAAGGACUGUUUCCACACUAUUUUUCUCAAGCUAUAGAUGCCAGUUGCAGUCAUAGGAUUGGGUAACAGGCUCAGAGGAAAAAUUGAGCAUUAGAAUAAAAUGAAAGUAAAACUGACCAGGAGAUAACACUUGUUCUUUGAUGCACAGCACAGUUCUUAAACCAAAGUAUAUAGCAAGAUAUGGAAGCUAAGGAUCACCAGACAACAAAUUUUUCUGAGCGCUGUGCUGGAGAGGGAAAACCAUGAGCAUUGGUGGUGUAAAACAGAGCUCAGAAAUCUGUUUCUACCUAU